CUGCCAUUUCUUCUCUGCUGCCUGUUUCCUCCACACAUCAGAAGCAAAAUGGCGUCUGGAGUGCAAGUCGCUGACCAGGUGAAAGAUGUCUACAAAGAAAUGAAAGUAGUAAAGAGUGAUGCUGAUCAGAAGGAACGUCUACGAUUGGUAAUAUUUGAAAUCAAGGGCCGUUACAUUGAUGUGGAGGAGGGCAAAAUCUUCAGGGAAAAAGAUCUGGAAAACGUGGAUGAUGUCUUCAAGUUCUUCCUGAGUCACCUAGAUCCUAAACAGUGCCGCUACAUGCUGUACGACUGCCACUUCGAGACCAAGGAAUCAAGUAGAAAAGAAGAACUGGUCUUCGUGAUGUGGGCUCCUGACACAGCUGCCAUCAAAGACAAAAUGAACUACGCUAGCUCCAAAGACUCCCUCAAGAAGGCCCUGACUGGCAUCAAACACGAGCUGCAGAUGAAUGACCUUUCAGAUUACGGCGACAGGGACAAUUUUGCAGAGAAAAUGGGGAAAGGUGUAAUCAAAGUCGAGGGCCACCCUGUGAAACCAACUGGGCGCUAAUAAACACAAAACCCUUCCCCCUCUGCUACACAAGAUAAAUUUAAAAAAGGUUUAAAAGGACUAUUGAAACAUUUCCAAAUUGAAAUUGUACUUUUGGAUUGGUUUAUCAAAGUUUAAAGGUAAGGGUUGGGCUCUGGAAGGGAUUAGAUUCCUGUAACACAAAACUUGAGUAUCAGAUGUAAAAUUAUUCAUUUUUUGUUCAUAAAUGAUUAUGCUAUUUUUUUGUCAUGUCACUGAGUAGAUUUAUAUUCCUCAAAUUAUUCAUUCACCAUUUCUGUGCACACACACAAUGUUUGAAUCCCUGCAUAUUGCAGUGUACAUCAUUUAUAUUUUGUGAAUUGGUUAAUAACGUCUUGCUCACUGUAUACAGCCCCAGAGUUUACUAGGUCAAAAUAGAUCAGCCUACAAGUUUAAAAUAAAUCUGUUUUUUCUAGACUGUUACAUGAUAUGCACCUAUAAAGAGUAUAAUACAAAGACAAAAGCACUGAAAUUGCAGCACUCAGUACACUUGUUAUUGCCAAAUAAAUUCAGUGGAACCAA